AUGCCAGAUAAACAUCUUGAUAAAGUUUUCGUAGAAACUUGUAAUUCUCAUUCUCCUCGUCUCUCAGUAAUGGUAGAACAACUACAAAAUUAA